AUAAUUAAAAUAUAAAAUUUAAAUUUGAAAUCGGAAUGUCUACUUUUGAUUCAAUCAAAAUGCGCGGAGAAAGAUUAAAGAAGAUGAUGGAUGACACCUUACAGCCUGAUAAGGCUUGGGAGAGCAUCCAUCCGCAUCACUCACCUCCGAAGAAAUAUCCUAACCCUAACUUCCUCACUAAUCCGGAUGUAAAUGAUUCAAGGAAUUUUACUGAAAAUGGAGGCAAUCAUCUAGAAGGAGAUAGCGACGACUUUUAUGAAUACCUUACUGAUGAAGAUGAAGAGGGAAAGGAAGAGCGCAAAGAUGGCAAGCAACAUGCCAUCGAUGAAGCUUACCUCGCCAGGCUUCGAGAACUUGAGAAAAAGAAGAAACUUGAUGAGAUUAGAGAUAAGAUUAAUAAUGAUGCUGACCAUAAUUUUACAAAAUACCAGAUUAAUAAAACAAGAACUAUUGAUCCCUUUGAAAAAUCUGAGGAGCCUUUAGUUCUUCAGCUAUAUCUUCGUAUUUAUGGAGGGUAUUUCAUGAACCCAAGAGAUAUUACUUUACUCCAAGAUACAGAGCAAAGGUUAUCCCAAAUGAAUGUUUUCAGGAACUCUUUUGUACAAUACAAAGAUUUUCCUAAAGGCAGACUUCAGAGAACAACAACCGAACUCCAGUCAAAUAAUCCAAUCUACAAUCAUAAGGCUUACUUCCCGGUCCUUGUUCGGCCAGACAUCAUUGAAAAGUUGGCCAAAUUCAAUUUCUUAUUCGAAGUAAGAGACCAAGUGACUACAGAUGAUACUCCUAUAAUAGGUUUUACAAAGCUAUCGCUAAGCUCAUUCUUUAAAUCCCUAGUCUCAGAAGACAAUGGGUAUCUGAACACAUCCCAUUUUGACGAAGCUGCUAACCAAUACCCAAUGGUUGGCUUCGACGAUAGAGCUGACAUCAUGGACUUCAACGGCAAAUGUGUUGGAUGGCUUCAAAUAACAAUGGCCCUCGGAAGCCCAGAACAAAUAAACUUCUUCGAUCGGAUCCAGCAAGAAAGAGACAAAGCCAGGGAAGAAGAAGAGGAAGAAAGAAGAAGAAUGGAUCGCAGGAAGAAAAAGAAGGAUCUAGAUGAAGACUCUGACUCUGUUAGAGACAAACAAAUGGAAGACCUACUUAGAGAGCUUAUUGAUACUAUUAAAGAUAAAUCCACAAGUAGUUCAUCCAAGAGAGAAAGAGGCAAAUGGGAAGAUAACCAUCUGGAUUCGCUUCAUAAACUGUUUGAAGAAUGUAGGCUCGAAGGUACGAAAGAUAUCAAGAUGAAGGUCUUUGCUGAUUCUAAGGACAAGAACAGCUUUGAAAAUGAUCUGCUUGAUAAUACCACUCUAAACAGAAAAUCUGUGAACAAUAUUCUGCAAAUUUGGAAUUAUGGAAAUGGAUAUGAUAUUAAGCAACUCCAAGAAAGUUAUAAUGCCUAUUGUAGAUACUGUACACAUGCUGAGGGAAGAGUUAAAUCCAUAUUUGAAAAACUCCAAGUCUUCUUCGAUAUCCAUGACGAUCAAAAUAAAAGAAAGCCUCGUCGUCAAGAAGAUGAAGAAAUAGAAAAGAAAAACCUUGCUGCUAAAUGGUGUAAAGACAAAGAGAUGAGAGAAGGGUUUAAUUUGAUAAUUGACCUUUUCCAAGGGCAUGGAGAUCCAGACCAAUCUAUUAACAUGGAAGAAUUCUUGAAGUUUUUAAAAACUCCACCUUUUGUUGGUAAGGAGCAUAUUUGCCUUAGUGCCAUGAAGCAGGAAAUCCUUACAGAAAAGGUAGUUUUAGAUCACAAAAAGGACUUCAAUCACGGAAUUGCAGAUAGCGUUUUAGAAGCAGGCCAGAGAGAUGAUUACCUAUAUGACCCAAUCAGAGCUUUAGACUACCAAAACUCUUGUGCGGAGAAUGACAUUCCCAUAACAAUCUGGGAGAUCUUUUGAUUUUUCCAUUACAUCAACAAGGAGCCUUCCAAAGAGCCUCAGCGGUACCAUUUUUGAGACGUCCCAAAAAUCCUUCACGAAGUCGGAUACCCAGAAAUCUGGGAGAAAUAUGAAAGUGCUACUCUAGAAAAGAGAAAGAUCAUUGAAGCUAGAAGAAAGAAGGCUGAAGAUGCUAAUCCAAGGAAAAGCCUCGAAAACUUUGACGACACAAUAAACCCCAAAGAAGAAUCAAAAAUCGACCCUAUCAAGCCUCAUUAUGACGAGAGCGGUAUUUUUGAUCGAAAAGAAGACACUUACGAUUAUGAAGACCCUGACGAAGACGAUGACGACCAAGAUGUCUUCGACAUUCUGAACGAAUCUCCUGCUAAAAAGAAGCAUACAAAGCCUGAUGGAAGUAAGCCUCCCAAAACGAAAGAUGACAAAAGAGACAAAACUAAGAAGAACAAAGAUAUUGACCCUCGAAGGAGUCUUGAGAACCCCAAAGAAGAGCAUAAAGAUACAGCUGACUUUAUGGUCGGAAGAAAGGACUAUACUGAAGAGUCUGAUGACCGGCUCCCUGACUCAGGAGAAGAGACUGUCAAAGUAAAACAUAUUUUCGAAAUUAAAAUCAAAGAAAUCUCGAACAUUCCAAUUUUGAAGAAGAUUAUCAAGGAUUUGAGUAGAGGAAGUAAAGAGAGUGAGGAACCAGAAGAGAGCAAAUACAUUCAGGAUGUCUUCAUUAAAUACAUCUUCCCUCUGGAUGAUGAACAGAUUGUGAGUGAUUACAUCGAGUUCAGUCCAAGAAAAGAGGAUUCUUACGAUUAUGCAGUAUCAAUGCAUAGUUAUCAUACUUAUUUGUUGGAGACAACAAAGUCAGUAAAUGACAGCCUAAAGAAAUGAGGAGAAAGCUUCACCAUCAAUCUGUCUUGCCUAAAAGAUAACCAAGAUGUCAACAUCGGGACCCUUCAGUUACCAAUUGAAGACCUCAUGGACUUGGUGGAAGAUUAUGAAAAGCAGCCUGAUACAGAGAACAAGUCUGUAAAAGUACCCAGAAUUUUGUUUCUAAGGGGAACAAGAUUUUCUCAAAGAGAUGAAGGAAUCAUUGGGAAACUAUAUAUUGAUUUUAUCUAUAAAAGAGAAAUAGUAAAGGUGAGCUCAAAUAGAGGACCAGGAGUGAGCAUCAGCAAUGAUCUCUAUCUCCAAAAAGAGGUAUAUAUCAACAGAAAAAUCCCACUGAAGGGCUAUUUGAGUGUAAACAUAGGGUCUCUCAGUGACUUGAAGGAUUCACUAGAGAAUAUUGAAUACCUAAUAUCUCUCUACAACCAUCCUGAUUCACGAGAAAGUAUGUGAGAUCGAACUCUCCUCAGUGCCCAGCAUGUUGACACAAACAAAAGAGUUGAAAAUAUUGACAGAAAAAGAGCUUUACUCAGAAUGUACAAGGAAGGCCUAAAUAUUGGAAUUGUAGAGUCAAUUUUUGAAGAGACUCCUGAGUUAAGAGAUAGAUUUGGCACUAAAGAGUCAAGAGUUAUCUUCCAGACUCUACAUCCCAACUUCGAGUACCAAAAUGAGCACCGAAUCUGGAUGAACACAGCUAUAUUUGAACACCUUAAAUAUCGAUUUGCUGUUUUCGAAGUUAGACACUACUUUGUCAAUGAAGAUAGUGAUCUACUUGAUUUAGGAAGAAGGAAAAAUCAGUCAAACGACCCAAACUCAGAAUUUAGAACUGAUGAGAGGGAUUACAUCACGCUUGGAUGGGCAAAAGUACCUUUGGCUAAUCUCAUCACAAAAUCAAAUGGAAUUGAUCAAGAUGUUGCUGUUCUUGACCAGUUCAACCAAAAACUUGGAUACUUAAAGAUCAAAAUGAGCUUAAAUUACCAAAGUAGAAAACACAUGCAAUUAAUGAAGGAGCCUUCAGAAGCUCUUUACAGAGGAAAAUAUUUCCUUGGUUUCUCAUUCGUCGAGCUGAUUUCCCAACACAACAGAUAUCUCCGGCCAGAGUACAUGAGCAAAGAUGUUAAAAAUCUCAUCUUCAAAUUCAAGUGGAAAGGUGACCAUCACCAAGUGAGAUAUGUGCCUGACGAAAAGAUUGAAGAAUUGCCAUUAGAUAUUACAGUCUACUUCAUUAACAAGCUUUAUCUUCUAGAAAUAGAUAUCAACGAGGAGACCUUUGAGGAGUCUGCAACCCCUAUAGAAAUUCAAAUCUGGACUAAAGUUGAGAACAAGACCCAGUGCUAUAAAGAUAAAGAGGAUCUUGUAGGCUCAAUUUUCGUGGAUGUUCAAACUCUAAUUAAAGGCAUCCAUAACUUCAGACUCAGAAAUGAGUCUAAACAAAUUGUAAAUACUCAUGAUGGAUACUACACAGUGCUCAACACUCAAUCAAACACCAUUAUGAUGGACAGAGUUGGCCUCUCAACCAUGCUGAUCAAAAAGGAAGAUGAAGGCCAAAAAGAAAGAAUUGAGAAAAUGUUCUACAUCCUCCACAACCAUGCUCGUAAAUCAAUCCUUGACCACUACGAUCUCAACUUGAAAGGAAUAAUCGAAAUAAGCGAUAUGAAAAAGAUUGUCAAUACCUUCUUCGAAGAUCCAAAAGAUAUUGACUUGGUCUACAAGUACCUUGAAUGCUGAGAAUUAGAAGUUAACCCAACAACUUUACAAUCCCCUGACUGAAUCUACUACUCUCCAUACCUAAACGUUCUGCCUCCUUUCUUCAAGUAUGCAAGAAGAAUCGAUAAAGAGCAAAUCAUCGAAUUCAUUUACAAGAGACUGAGCUCCGUAGAUAACUACGAAAACGGAUUUGUUGAUAAUAACAUGUUCAAGAGCAUUCUCGAAUGUGAAGUCAACUUGAAAGAGAAGAUAGUAGAUGACUUUAUCGAAAACCUCAAGCCUAGCCAGCUUGAUUAUAACCUCUCCUCCCACACUAUGAAACUCCAAACUGAUUAUCUCCUUUUGGUCAGAAAACUGUACGGCUACUUGAUCCAUUGGGAUUUAUUGAAGCUUGGAGAAGAAGAUAAAAAAAUAGAUCAACCUCCUGCUCAAGAAGAGCUUCCUGAACUCCCUGAGGAACGAAAAUGUAGCUUAAAGAUUUCAAUUUCAAAUGGAAAUAACAUCAAAAACCCUUCUAAUGAGAAUUCUCCUCCGAACACUUAUGUUCUCUUCAAAAAUCCUUUUGGAGGGAACGAAGUAGAGCUCAGGACACCAGUCAUCUAUAGAACGACUUUCCCUCAAUGGGAUUACACACAUGAAAUUCAAGGAAUCUCUAUCAACGAAAUCUGAGAUUACUUGUUAAAUAACUGACUGGAAUUCGAAAUUUACCACAAAAAGCUUCCAAAUGAGACUCUUUCCAAUCACCAAGAGAGCAUACAAAUCGGCAAGACCUACGUGGAUGCUUCCCAUUUGGUAAAAUCCUCUGAGAUAUCCCUCACAGGGUACUAUCACGUAUUCAAGACAGAGGAGGACAAGCAACUAGACGACUUUGAAGAGACCAAACGGGUUGCUCAAGGCCAGCUCAAGCUAAACAUCCGAGUUGAUAAGCCUCUUCUCUGUGAAUUUGACAUUCAAGAUACUGAACUCAAAGAGCAACAGAUCAUGGCCAUGCACCGUGCAAAGGAAAGCACCAAAGGUAGACACACAGAUGUUUCCCCAAUUGAAGAGACCAAAGUCCCAGAUGAUGAUGAAGAGGAUGAAGCUCCCCUCCAAAGAGCAAUCCGAAUGGCUAGAGAGCUUAGAGAGAAGAAUAAGAAUAACACUAGGAAGCAAACAGCAGCUCGCUUGACUAAAGUAUCUCGUCCCUCAGAGCUUAUGGUCAAUGAUGAAGAGAAUGAAGACCAAAAUAUACCCUUUGAUAUUAAUGAGCUUAGGGUUAAGAAAAACCAGAAUUUGCUCGACCUUCAAAAUCUCACUAAUAUGCUUAAAAGCAGACAAGAAAAUUACAGGGAUGAUAUAGAUGAACAAGAUGAUGACCUUGAAAGAGCUACUGUGCAAGAAUUUGCUGAAUAA